AUGUCAGGUCCGUCCAACCCUCUCAACCCUACGUUUGAGGGCCACAUAGCCUCGACGUUGGAUGCCCUGAUCUUGUUCGAAGCUUGUUUAUCUGGCAAUCUCAACCACGUCCCUCGUCGCCCUCAUGACCGAGAACGACAGGACCUUAUCAAGAGUGGCCACAUUUUCAUAUACGAGGAGCACUCAUCCGGCAUCAAACGUUGGACAGAUGGCGUAUCAUGGAGUCCAAGCCGCAUCCUGGGUAACUUCCUUAUAUACCGGGAACUUGAGCAGCCUUUCCCCCCAGGUGAGAAGAAGAGAGCUCUCAAAAAGAAAAAAUGCCCGCCAGGCGGCAUCGGGAAGAACGAGAUAGGUGCCCGGACAAGCCUCAGCGGUUUCGCAGCGGCCGGUAUGAAUUCAGUUGGCAAGGGCACUGAAAGAUCAUUGAUUGGUUCCUUGAUCGACUCCUACCCUUUCAAAAACAAUGGGUUGAUCAAGAAGACCAUCAGCGUCUCAUACCAGGGAAUUCCCCAUCAUCUCGUCAGCUAUUACAACGUCAAUGAUGUAGUUGCUGGAAGGCUUGCUACUCCAUCAAAACAUUACCAUACAAGGAAUCUCAUCCCGCGAUCGGAACUCAUCAUGUCACAGAACUUCCGGGCUCCUAUAGAUGAGGUUGAAUACAGCCCUGAUGAGCGUGGUGGUCCUCCUGCCCUGUUCACCACGCUAUCGGGUGCCCAUGAUUUCAACACCAGCGCCGGUGGUGUCUUGCACAGAGCAAUGUCGUUGACAGGCUUCCAAUCUGCUGUUCAUAUGGCUUCCACUUAUAAUCAUACAGCAUAUGGUUAUCACCAGCCACAGCAGCAUUACAUGGCAUCGAUGAACCCAUCUAUCCAUCCAACACCGAUGCAGCAGCAGCACCACCAUCAACAUCAACAUCAACAUUAUCAUCAUCAUCAGCAACAGAAUCAGCAUCAGCAGUAUCAGCAGCGGCAGCAGCAGCAGCAACAACAACAACAACAACAACAACAACAACAACAACAACAACAACAACAACAACAGCAGCAGCAACAACAGCAGCAACAACAACAGCAGCAGCAGCAGCAGCAACAACAACAACAUCAUCACCAACUUCAAGCGACGGCGCCGCCGCCGCCGCCGCCACAACAGCUUGUUUCGUCAAUGCCGCCAAUGAUAAGCUCCUCGGCGCCGUAUAUACCACCUGGUAUCACGGCAUCAAUGCCACCAAGCACGUCUUUGAUGCCCUUCACCACUAUUCAACAAGGAAACUACUCUCUGGAACCCCAUAAGACAGCUCGCUUUCGCUCUGAUGACGACAUAGAAAGCGAGUUCCCCCGGCACAUGCCACAUCAUAGCCAACCUCGGCAAAGCUCGACAUUUGAAGCAUCACAGCCUUCGGACGAGUCCCCUAUAAAUCUCGGUUCAGUUUCCGAGGCCAGACCAACCUCAAAUGAACAUUCUUAUAUGAGACAGGCAUAUUAUUUCCCUUCUCAAGCUACCCAAAUGAACCAGCAGGAGGUUCACGCUUUUAGUGAACCUCGACCUGUAAGAGCAGAGCCAGAUCUUUCUACUCCUGGAAGCGGGGCCCCACAGUACAACGUCGAUGAGAGUGGCUCGACAUGGGAACUUGAUGGACUCGAUGGUUCGCAAGAGCAGAAGUAUUACGAUAACCAAUCAGGCGGAAACUCUCAGAAACAGCAAGUACAGGGAGGUUCGAAGGGCGUAAACCGCUCUUAG